AUGUCAGAAGGGGAGAGUAAGGACAGCUCGGGCAGUGAGUGCCCCGUGUGCUAUGAGAAAUUCCGGGACCUAGAGGGUGCCAGCCGGACACUGAGCUGUGGCCAUGUGUUCUGCCAUGACUGCUUGGUCAAGUACCUACUCUCCACCCGGGUGGAUGGGCAGGUGCAGAGGACCAUUGUCUGCCCCAUUUGCCGUUACGUCACCUUCCUCAGCAAGAAGAGCUCCCGCUGGCCCUCCAUGCUGGACAAGAGCUCACAGACCCUGGCUGUGCCCGUGGGCCUGCCCUCCAUGCCCUCACCAGAACGUGGGGGCCACACAAACCCCUUGGCCAUCUCCCAGCCGGUCUGGAGACCAUCCUCAAGCCAGGGGUCCCAGCUCCCCCUGGACCUGCUGCCUAGCCUGCCCAGGGAAUCACAGAUCUUCAUCAUCAGUCGCCAUGGGAUGCCCCUGGGGGAACAGGACAGUGUGCUGCCCCGGCGCAGCCUGGCUGAGCUCUCCGAAGUGUCCCCAGCUCCCAGCUCCACUCGCUCCUUUUGCUGCCGGUCGCGAGCCCUCCUGCUCAUCACCCUCAUCGCUGUGGUGGCUGUGGUAGCUGCCAUCCUGCCCUGGGUGCUGCUGGUGAGAAAGCAGGCAUGA